UAUAUUUUUAUUUCCAUAGCUCCGUUGUUUGGGGCGUACUAUGUUAAUGCGUACUAUGCGCGCCGUCUUUAUUCGAAUUUUGACCAAGUAUUAGUACAACAGCAGUACAACUGCCGUACAGCCGCCAACAGAACGGAACGCGACCUGACGACAACGACCGUCAUCGUUGCCACCACCGUCGUAGCGGACCGGUCGUCACUCGUCAGUCAGUCGGCGUCGGAUGGUUGUACGCGUUUCAUUCUCCGCAGUCCACGCGCAACACACGGCACGCGUUUUCGUUUCUACCACGGCGGCGAAUAACUCUCUUCCUGACACUCUCUCUCUCUAUCUCUCUCAUACACACUCUCUCCACUCUUUAUAUCGCUUAUUCUCACGUUUUUUUUGCUGCGGUCCAUUCUUGGUACCCGGUCGUACGUGUCUUUCCAUUUUGUUAAUAAAAAUAUCAUCGUUUUAUCGAUUCGAUUGUAUUUUUUUUUAAAGUGUUAUCUGUAUAAUAUUAUAGUGUCAACGUAUUUUUUGAAUUAUUUACAUAUUUUGGUUUUUAUUUCAUUAACUACUCACCUAUAUCCAGUAGGUAGGUAACCAUCUACUUAUCAUCAUCGGAGCCAACAAAUUUCGUUUUGGGUGAGGUACUUCAUUACACCAGAACGGCACCUGUAGUAUCUGGACCACCGGAAGGGACGCCGGUACAGCGAUCAAUGAGUUCGACCUAUCGGCCAGCAAGGAUAGGACGAGCUCCAAGAAAAAAGAUUUCUCAACGUACACGAUUUCAAUUUUGUUUUCCGUUUGGUAAUAUUGUACACCAAUUAUAAGAUUCAUAAAGGAUACCUAUACAUUAUUUUCCAACAUGAGCGCAAACGAAAAGAGACACAGGACCCAACCCAGUGCAUCAAUGGAUUACGCGAAUAUUGCUGCUGAGAGCAGUAAAUCUAUUAAUGAAGUGCAUCGAGAUACACACGAUCUAGAUGAAGAGAUGGAACGUGUAUUUGCCGGCGUUUCCAGUGGAGCUGAUGCUAACCGAUUUGGUUUGUCCAGAUUUUCUAGCGAUCGGUCACCUCGGCCAGGGGAUAGGCGAUUUAGCGAAGACGAUUACACUGUUCAUCGAAAUAACAGCCGAUCGCUCAUUCACAUACCACUCAAGUCUAUCCCAAAAUCCAUAAGAAAACAUUCGACCACAUCAAUUAAAUCAAGAGAUCAAGAGACGGAAUUUAAGAGGACUGAUGAACAUAGAGAUGUAACAGAUUCUGACAGUGCAAUGAGUCCGCCAACCACAAGUCAACAGACAUCCAGCAACAGUGGUGCGUUACUUCCCAUGGCUGCUGCCAUCAGUCCAAACUUUGUGGACAUCGAAUCAGACGGUUCGAGGGUCGAAGAUGGACUUUUGAGUAGUGAAUGUGAUACUCCUGUGUACGAAAAACCAAAAUUCAGUCACUACUUCAGACAGGACUCCGUGGACAAACACGUUCAGUUUAACAUCGACGAGAAAAAUGAAGAAGCAGCUUACAAUCAACACAGAGAACUUGAUAAAAAUGCACAAGAAGGACCACAUCAAGAACUCAAGAAAAAGAAACGUAAACACAGACAUCAUCAUCGUCAUCAUAGCCGACAUAGGAAUAAUGAACGAGAAAUUUUUAUACCAAAGGAUGAUUUACAAAUGGAUGAAAAUUUAGAUGAGUUCAUUCAAGACGAUUUAACAAGUCAUAGAUACGACUGCAAUAAAGAAAAAAGGAGAUUCAGCGGCAAAAAUAAAAGUUCCUUUUUGGUUCCGUAUGCUGGAGAUAUAGAGGGGAAUUUAAUCGCAGGCUUGCCAAUAAAAGUGAUUAAGAAAUACGUAGAUCAUAGUCCUCAUGCGGUUUUUGUUCAAUUAGACGAGUUAAAAGGUACCGGAGAAGAACGAGAAUGGAAAGAAACUGCUCGAUGGAUAAAGUACGAGGAAGACGUGCAAGAAGGCACGGACAGAUGGGGACGUCCGCACGUGGCUUCUUUGAGUUUCCAUUCACUGUUGAACGUGAGAAGGUCUUUGGAGUCAGGUGUGAUUUUACUGGACUUGGAAGAAAAAGACCUACCUGGUGUAAUAUAUCGGGUGGUCGAACAAAUGGCCGUCGAGGAACUGAUCAACCAAGAAGACAAAGCUGCGGUCAUGAGAUUGUUGUUGCUUCGACAUAAACACGUUCAACAAGAUAGCGACAAGUUUAGUAGGUUUAUUAGACGAAAUACAUCUAGCUACACAAGUCUUACGCAAUUUGAGGCAGAAUUUCUGGCUAAGCGGUCGGCAUCACUUACACACAAUAAUCUUAAUGAUGACGGAAAGUCAAAAAUGAAAAGUACUUUAUCAAGCCAUGAAAUGCAUUCAAGCCCUAAAUUUGGCGUCAUCAACAACAACAACAAUCGUUCUUUCCUAGACUUGGACAAAAAUCAUAUAAAUAUUGAUAUGAAAGAAGAAACUUAUACCUCGUCAACCGAAGACAUGGUGAAAAGAGCUCAAAAGGAAAGUAUUCUUAAACGAAUACCAAUUGGUGCUGAAGCCACUACGGUGUUAGUUGGUUCUGUAGAUUUUUUAAAAAAAAGGACCGCAGCUUUUGUACGUUUAGCUGAAGGUAUCAUGAUACCUUCAUUGACCGAAGUUACAAUACCAGUACGAUUUAUGUUUAUACUUUUGGGUCCUCCUGAUCCAAAGGAUAUCGAUUAUCAUGAAGUUGGAAGAUCAAUGUCAACUUUAAUGUCAAAUUCAGAAUUUCAUUGUAAAGCGUACAAAGCGGCGGAACGUAAAGAACUGAUUAGUUUAUUGAAUGAGUUUCUUGAUAGCAGUAUUGUAUUGCCACCAUGCGAUUGGGAAAGAGAAGAAUUGUUAUCUCUGCGGGAACUCAAAGAAAAAAGCGAACAGAUCAAGAGGCGAAAAACACGAGCAGCCUCACAAAAAGUCACGACCUUAACUUCAACUUCAAGUGAAAAGAGCGACGAUAACAAAGAUGACCCUUUGAGACGUACAAAAAAACCUUGGGGAGGUUUAGUGAAGGACAUAAAACGCCGAUUACCGUACUAUAAAUCCGACUUCAUUCAAGGGUUAAAUUUGCAGUGUAUAGCAUCAGCAAUAUUUAUAUACUUUGCCGCUCUGUCAGCAGCUAUCACUUUUGGCGGUCUCAUGGCGGACAAAACGAAAAACUUCAUCGGGAUAUCAGAAACGCUAGUCGCCACAUCUGUGUCCGGUGUCAUUUUUUCUCUGUUUUCCGGACAGCCAUUAUUGAUAGUUGGAACUACUGGACCUUUGUUGCUCUUUGACGAAGCACUGUUCACUUUUUGUCGCAGCAAUGACAUCGAAUUCUUACCUAUGAGAGUUUACAUUGGCAUAUGGUUGGUAAUCAUUGCUCUACUUGUUAGUUGCGUUGAAGGCAGUGUUCUAGUAAAGGUAUUCACAAGGUUUACUGAAGAAAUUUUUGCGUCUCUCAUAUCGUUAAUUUACAUAUGGGAAAGUUUAUCAAAAUGCUUUAACGUAUUUAUUAAACAUCCACUAUUACCAUUGAAGGAGUAUUGCGAAGAAAGCAAUUUAUCGGGCAGUGAAAAUUACAUUUCUCUCUCAAACUCUACUUCCUAUAAUUCUACAUCUAACGAUACAGAGUUGUUUAGACCAGUAGAUCACCAACCUAUGAUCACAAAGCAGCCGAAUACUGCGCUACUAUGCACUAUCUUAGCACUGGGAACAUUUUUCGUUGCCUACUACCUUCGGCACUUCAGAAAUAGCAAAUUUCUUGGAAGAAAUAUCCGUAGAGCAUUGGGUGAUUUUGGCGUACCCAUAGCCAUCAUAUCGAUGGUAGCCGCUGACUAUUUCAAUCCAACUACUUACACCGAAAAGCUCAAAGUUCCUGAAGGUUUAACGCCAUCAGAUCCGGCGGCACGUGGGUGGUUCAUAUCGCCCAGUGGGUUAAAGAGGCCCAUCGAACCCUGGGUACCCUUCGUUGCCAUCGUGCCGGCCAUACUGGUCUACAUUCUCAUGUUCAUGGAAACCCACAUCAGCGAGCUGAUUAUUGCCAAAAAAGAACGCAAACUUCAGAAGGGCAGCGGCUUUCACUUAGAUAUCGUUCUAGUAAAUUUCAUCAAUCUGAUGUGUGGAGUGAUUGGCGCCCCAUGGAUGAGCGCCGCGACUGUGAGGUCCGUAGCGCACGUAUCAUCGCUAACAGUGAUGAGCCGAACUCACGCCCCCGGUCAAAAGCCACAUAUUAUUGAAGUAAAAGAGCAAAGAGUCAGCUCUCUAUUAGUAUCCAUAAUGGUUGGUUGUUCAGUGGUCAUGUCUCCUCUACUGCGAUUGAUACCAAUGGCUGUACUUUUUGGCGUCUUUCUGUACAUGGGCAUAUCGUCUAUCGACGGUAUACAGUUUUUUGAACGUCUCAAAUUGGUUUUCAUGCCUGUGAAACAUCAUUCAGAAGCCCCGUACGUUCGCCAUGUACAAACAUACAAAAUGCAUCUAUUCACUGGAAUUCAACUCGUAUGUUUGUGUAUUUUGUGGAGCGUUAAGUCGUCAUCAUUUUCUUUGUUGUUUCCAUUUUUCUUAAUCAUGAUGAUACCGGUGCGAUCUCAACUAUGUGAUAAAAUAUUUACUACAAAAGAAUUACGAGCACUGGACAGCAAUGAGCCAACCAACAUGAAUAAUGACGAAGAUGAACCUGACUUCUAUGCUGAAUCUCGACUACCGGGAUAAUAAUAUUUUUUUUUUGACUGUCAUACAAUUUUUUCCUUUUUUUUUUAAUUGAAUGACUCGUUUAUUUAAAUGUUGUGACAAUUAAUUUAUGUUCAAAGCAUACCUAAUAUGGUUUGAAAGAAUAGCGCAUAUUUGACUUUAGGCUUACAACUGAAAAUGACUUAAGUUGGAUAACAAUUUUACAUAUCCACGAUCUUUCAAAACAUUUUACUAUUUAUCCAUCUAUCAUUACUAUUAUUGAUUUAUAUAAUAUAAUACACAAGUAUACAGUAUACUAUUUAAAAA